UCUGGAAUUGUCUGCCAUGCCUGAACCGGCAAAGUCAGCUCCGGCGCCGAAGAAGGGCUCCAAGAAGGCGCUGACUAAGGCGCAGAAGAAGGAUGGCAAGAAGCGCAAGCGGAGCCGCAAGGAGAGCUACUCGGUGUACGUGUACAAGGUGCUCAAGCAGGUGCACCCGGACACGGGCAUCUCGUCCAAGGCCAUGGGCAUCAUGAACUCGUUCGUCAACGACAUCUUCGAGCGCAUCGCGGGCGAGGCGUCGCGCCUGGCGCACUACAACAAGCGCUCCACCAUCACCUCCCGAGAGAUCCAGACGGCAGUGAGGCUGCUGCUGCCCGGGGAGCUGGCCAAGCACGCUGUGUCUGAGGGCACCAAGGCUGUCACCAAGUACACCAGCUCCAAGUGAGCGGGCCCGACUCUACCUGCACCCCAAAGGCUCUUUUCAGAGCCACCCACGUUAUCUUUUAAAGGUCUGUAACUGGAAAUACUAAGCAUUACAUGCUGGGGUUUUUUUUAAUUAAGAGUUUUAAAAGCAAAGGUUAUUU